AUGGCAAGUUUAACAGUGUUGUUGCGUCAUUCUGGCAAGUGGAACGAUGAAAGCAAUUAUGUCGAUUUUUCAAUUGAGGGAAUACUGAUAAAGGAGUAUGCGUUGUAUAAUGAUUUGGUUGCGUCAAUUUCUAAUCAACUGGGCAUAGAUUUGAGCACAAAGUCCAUUAAAAUUCAAUACAAAGUAGAAGUGAAUAGCACGCCAAUGGAAAUACACAAUGACAUGGGUUACAGGGUGUAUGUAGAGUAUAAAAAAGAGAACAGAGAAUUCGGGAUGUAUCCUUUGUGCAUAACAACGAUUGAAAAAGAACUUGUAUCCGGUGGUAGUUUAAUUCAAGGCGAUAUUGUGCAAAUAGACGAAUCACUUCAAAGGAGAAGCAAUUGGGUGUUUGAACUGGACAAGGAUUUGAUAAUUUCAAAAACUAAUCAAAGGGAGGUUAUGGUUGGACAAGUAUAUAAGGAUAAGGCUACAUUGAAAGAGGUGAUGGAGAAUUAUGCUAUAUCUCAAAGGUUCCAAUUCCGGGUUGAUAGGUCUAAUGCUGUCAGCUAUGCAUUAUUAUGUAUGUCAGAAGAUUGUGAAUGGAGGCUUAAGGCUUCAAGCAUUAACAAAUCAGAACUAUUCAAAGUGAGAGAAUUCAUUGAUAACCAUACAUGUCCGCUGAAGGACAAGGUGUAUGAGCAGCGACAGGCAAGUAACAGCCUUAUAGGUGGUAUGAUUAGGCCUAAGCUUACUAAUCAUAAGAGGAAAUACACCCCAAAGAAUAUUAUUGAUGAUGUGAAAUCAGAUUUAGGUGUAGAUGUUAGCUACAUGUUGGCGUGGCGGGCUAAAGAAAAGACAAUGAAUUUUUUGAGAGGUGAACCGGCUGAUUCAUACAAAAAAUUACCAGGAUACUUAUAUAUAAUGGAUAUGACAUAUCCAGGUUCCCACAUCAGAAUGACCCAUUGUGGUUGUGGAUGGAAGUCACCUAAAUCUUACUACACCGGGACAUUCGUUUCGGCAAGCACGUUGGAUGGUGCAGCAUAUGGUGUUAUUGAUUCAGAGAACGAUGCUGCUUGGACGUGGUUCUUUGAGCAAUUCAAGAUAGCAUACGGUGACAGGGAAAACAUGUGCAUCGUUUCAGAUAGAAAUGUGGACAAGGUAGAUAUUAUGGUGAAAGAAUACUUGGAGUUAGCUGGAUACGAAAAGUGGGCUAGGUUGUAUGCACCUGUUAAUAGGGGAUGGACCAUGACGUCAAAUCUUGUCGAGUCAAUCAAUGCCGCACUAGUGUCAGCAAGGGAAUUGCCAAUAUACGACUUCCUCGAAGAAGUUAGGAAGAUGUUUGGACGUUGGAAUUGUAGUAACCGCAAAGAAGCUACAGAGACAUACACAACGCUUGGAAAAAAAUACCAGGAGAUGCUGACUUUGAAUGAGGCAAUGUCUACACGCAUGACCGUGGUACCAUCGACUGAAAACUUACAUACGGUUGACGAUGGAGGGAGGCAUCACACCGUCUGCCUGUUAGAGAGAAAAUGCGUUUGUGGGAGGUUCCAAGUUGAUGAAUUACCAUGCCCACAUGCUUGGGCUGUAUUGAAGAGCAAGUUUCUAAGGCCAGAAGAUUAUUGCUCUAACUAUUACAAACCAAAUUCUGCUGUAAUGACAUACGAUGUGCCUGUGUACCCGCUACCGGACAGAAAUGACUGGAAUAUACCAGCACAUGUUGUAGAGGAAGUUGUAUUACCACCCAAAUGGAAAAGACCUCCUGGAAGGCCAAAGAAGAAGCUCGAUAAACCUUUCAGUGAAUUGCUGCAGCCGAAUAAUCAACAUUCAUGUAGCAUAUGUGGGCAGGGAGGACAUAACAAGCAAAUGUAUAGAAAUGCUCCACGUAGGAUUUAG